UGAAGGUUGUGAUGCUCUAACUUCAGCUCUGAGAUCAAACCCUGAACACCUGAGAGUGCUGGAUCUCUCAUUAAAUAAAAUGGGAGAUUGUAAAAUGAAUCUGCUCUCUACUGUACUGAGGAAUCCUCACUUUAAACUGGAGAAACUGGGGUUGAGAAAUUGUGGCAUCACAUUUGAAGGUUGUGCUGCUCUGACUUCGGCUCUUAAAUCAAACCCUGGACACCUGAGAGUUCUGGAUCUGGCUGGGAAUAAACUAGGAGAUUGUGUGAAUCUGAUCUCUUCUGUACUGGAAGAUCCUCCCUGUAAACUACAGAUACUGUGGUUGUGUGAUUGUGGUAUCACAGAUGAAGGUUGUACUGCUCUGGCUUCAGCUCUGAGAUCAAACCCUUCACACCUGAGACAAUUGGGUCUUUCAGGGAAUGAACUAACAGGUGUUGGUGUGAAGCUGCUUUCUGAUCUAAAGGAUGAUCAACAUUAUGAACUGAAAGCAUUUUUCUAUUGACUCUCAGUAUUUAGAUGUCAGUCCAGUUUCUUGUGGAUCAGCUGAUGGUAACGAAGCAGUACAGAAACACAGUCACGCAAUCAACAGAGACUGAAGACAGAGACACACAGUGGUCACACUGAGUUCACAUCGUUUUCUUUUUUGCAUCUUUUGUGGGUCUGUUCUUUUGAAUAACUGAUGUCAUCAAAUUUUCACAAAUAUCUGUUAAGUCAUCUGCACACAGCCAAGCUGCUCAAAAUUCGAUGUAAUGCAGGACAAAAGCCAGACUAAUAUUUGUAUCUGUGUAAAUGCAUUUAUGCCACCUCUGAGCAGCAUUAAACAGUCUGUGUAAACACACACAAAUGCCAGUACUUCUGUGCCACCUUUGCAGUAUAAAUUUGCCAACAGAGGACCUGAAUGUAUUAUUUGGGGUUGUUUUGAAUUUGCUGUAUUGAUCACAACGUACACUUACACUCAAAAACACUCAGUAACACUCUAUAUACACUACAAGCAUGUGAGAAUGAGAUUCAUUCAUGAAUAACACUUUCUUUUUACAUAUUAACUUUCAGAGUAAUUUAGUAUAAUAUGACAAGUUUUACAUCAGGGAGCCUGACUACUGAAUAGAAAUAAAUAUUUUAAAUGUUGCCGUUUUUAAUAUAAACUUCUGGAAAACAUUUUAUUGUUUAUAUAUGCCAGUCCAUUUAACUGAUCUAUUAAAGUGGACAGAUUACUGAAAUAUUUCUUUAGGCCUAUCUGGUUGAAUACUGCUUACUAAACUGGAGUCUUUUUCUGGAUUUAUCUAUUCUACAUGAUCCUUCCCUUUUCUGACAAGAAAAUAAAGUUAGUAAAUGAUGGCAGAUUUUGGUUUUGUGUUUGCAGUAGAAUUUUAAUAAUGUAGGCAAAAUAUAUUUUCUUUUGCAGUGUGAUUUCUUUAUGCACUUGAAUGAUCUGGUUUUCAUGGAAUCAUUCCAUACUUGAAGUUACUGUGUAGUUAACAUUCACUCCACAUAACUAUUUGGAAUAACUGCUCUAUCAUAUUUAGAAUAAAAACUUUGUUUAAUGAUUGGAUGGCUCGAAGUAUGUAUGAUUGUAUAUUUUCACUUUCCUUUUUUGAUUUUGGAACAAACCAUUACAGCUUCAGAUUACGAGGUUUUGAAUGACUGAAAAAUGUCAUUUGU